AUGCAUAUUUAUCGUCUAUCCAAAGCUAAAACAUCAUUACAGUCUGAAGACUAUCCAUUGGAUUUAGCUACUAGCGCUGAAAGUGAGAUUCAAUUUCUACUCCAAUUGACUGGUUAUACGCCUACAGCGAGUAGUGACGAGCAGAAGAGUUCACCAAUAGAUAAUUUUAAAUUUUCAUACUUUCCAGAUAGCGAAGUGAGAUUAAGAAGUAUGUCCGACCCUAAUGCGAAUAAGCCUGCAGAGGCUAUCGCAGCUGUGAAACAGACUAGUAUUUCACGAGUAAGAUCAAGUAGUCGUCCAAUUUCCAUCGGUUCGAUUAAAAUUAGAACUCGAAGCACCGAAGAUGCCGGAACAGAUUCACCAACUCUUAAAUCGCCUGAAGAAGGAAGCUACUUUACGGAUCAAGGCAGUUUCAACAGCAAGAAAAGUAAAGGGAAGCAGAAAGGGCUAUCAUCUUUAUCUGCCUUGUUUUCUAAGAGCAGCAGAACCAUGUCUAUGUCUAGCAAAGCUACUUCUAACUGCAAGAAGACUCCAGUAACUGAAUAUGGAGGUGAUAAUUCACUAUUUUAUCCUUCAAUCUUUCGCUUAUAUGCUAACAUUAAUGUGACAAAUGGCAUUCGACCCGAACCCUUGAUGAUUUCAAAUCGUGUGAAUGUUAAAAAAGUGAUUAAAGAAGCAAUUGAAAGAUUAAAAUUAGACAUUACUAAUCGCAAGUAUUACGCUUUAUGUGAAAUAAUCUAUUCGGCUAAAGAUCGUAAGACAAGUCGGCGAUUUAGUAAAGGCAACAGUGGUAGUAAAUCUGAUCAAUCUCAGCCCCUUUACCUUAGAGUACUUGAUGACUAUGAGCAGCCACUAGCAUUGCAAACAUUUUGGCAAGUAGCACCAGAGUAUGAACGGCGUUUUGAGCUGUUGUGGAAAACCGAUGCUUUAGCAUACCUAGCUGAUUUCGAAUCCUCUACAGGAUUGGAAAAUUUACGGAAAAGGCUGGUAAAGAGUUUUUCUUCGCAUGAAAAUGUAUUGGAAAUGGUUUAUCCUGCUCAAUUAUCGACGCAACAGCAACAAGACCAUGCACAACAUGAACAACUGCAGGAUGAAGGGAUUCAAUCCGAUCGUAUAAAAUCGGAUGAUGAAACCCCAACACCACCUUCGCGUAAAUUAUCCAAAUCCUCCUCCCAAUGUCCUCAUUUUGUCAUGAUACGUGGCUUUGAAUUAAAAGAAGAUGAAUAUAUUUAUAAUAUAUUACAACGCGUUAUACUAGUUUGCUUUCGUUACAGUGGCGAUUGUACAACCGAAAAUGAAAUUCUUCUUCGAUCACCUGAUAUCUUACCACAGCAUUGCUGGAUUUACAAUCGUUCCGUUAAUGAAGAUCAGCACGAGAUUUCAGAUGAUCAAGACUCGGAUUCUAGUGAGGCUGUAACUGAUGUCUGGCUGAGUCCAUUCGAAGGCGCCCUAGUAACUGUUAAUAACGUCAAGAUUGUUGCUGAAACAAAACUUACGCCAGGGGAUUUAAUUGGCUUCGGACGUUACUAUUUGUUCAUCUAUAAAAAUCCCAAAAAAGUUUCAGAUUCGGCAUUGCAAAUUUCUUGGCUAAAUUCAAUUCCAGCACCCGCACCAACUCAGUCUAAUCCAUCUUCAGAGAUCAUACCCAAGGUUAGCAUCCAAACUCAAACGAAUUUUGAAGACGAAUUAGAUUUUGAUGGUUCCGUUUUUGAGAAAAACGAAGCCUACAUACCUUCGUUUAUUAACCAAAAUGAACCUUCAUCACCGAAGGACGAUAACCGACUGGAAUUAGAAUAUGGUCUAGAACAGGAAAAUCAGCUAUUAUCUUCUAUCAAUAUUUUAGCUGAUCCGGCAAUGACUCAAACGUUCAAGUUAGCACCAGCAUAUGUCCUUGCUAUGAGCUUAGAAUAUUCCAUUAAAAAUCAUGGCAAAGAAUCCACCAUACUGUUUACCGACAAAAUAUAUCAAAUGCUAAAAAAUAAUAAUGAGGAGGCCAUAACUACUCUUAAAUCUCAGCUUCUCCCAAGAGGAAAGGAUGCCACUGAAAAAUUAAAUGCGGUACUACCAACUUUAUCCAAUCUCGUUUUAUGGAUAGCAAAUACCAUAGAAGUAUUGCACUUUGUCAAUACACAUUCUCUUAUUAAAGAAGUUAAAAGCAAUGAUUUUCAUUUGCUAACUAAUGUUUCACAACAAUCUUUAUCGCAAAUUGUUUCCAUCAUAAUCAAAAUUUUGCGCAAAAGUAUUUCAGAAUCUGCUAAUUAUUCGUCAGAAAAAAAUUCCCUGACUGGAAAUGUUAUUGAUAUUUUUCGAAAUAUCUCUUUCUCUUCCAUUGCUACAAUUCUUAAUGCAGUUUAUGACUUAUCCACUCUCUACGAUUUACACCCUGAAGCAAGAAAUGCUUGUUUAUCCAACAUCUUGGAAUUCCUCAAUUAUAAGAUUUUAGACAUUACUAUAAAAUAUGGUGUUAGCGGCAAUUAUGAUCAAUCUCACGGUAUAUCCUUGCAACAAAAUUUGAAUAACAUUCUAAACUGGACUAAUCAAGUCGAUCUUAAUUACUUGGCAACGGAUAAAAUGGGAUCUGCAAUUCAAGUUGCCCAUUUAUUAGCCUCAAUACCACAACAUCUCUUUCAGUCUUCAUGGGAGAAGUUAUCAUCUACCUAUAACAAACUCACCGCACCACAGCUGCAUUGGUUCAUGAGUAAGCAUCAAUUUAAUUCCUAUGUCAUUCCUCCUAUGCUUUGGCUACCACCUCAGCAUGUCUCACAAGAAGUCUUAAGCACAGUUCAACUUGUGGCACCAUGGCAAAUAAAUGAAUUCUUUUCAUUACCGGCCAAAGAUUAUAUCGUUAAUCUAGAUGGUGAUCCCCCAGAAGGGAUGCUGUAUCAAAAUAUCCAAAUCCUAAAUAAUGCUUCUCGAGAAAGAAGAUCAUCCAUGGAUCAAAGUAAAUUUAUGGAUCAGAUUGAGAAAAAAAUAAGUAGAAAAAUUUCAAUUAAGUGCAAAAGCUCUAUCACUGAUGCUUUAAUGAAAAUGUGUGAUAAUUUGACGCAUACAAACUCUCGUCGCUCUUCUUACGAGUAUGAUCCGGAAAUGUUCCUGGAGCAAGUUUCUUAUGAUGGACGAAAAGAUUGUAGAAAUGCUGAUAUGAUUAAACAGACUAAUAAGAGUACCGUACUGCAAAAUAGCAAUGUGAUCGAUGGUGGAUCUAAAGUGUCUAAAGACUGUAAUGAUAAAAGAUGUGAAAAAAUAAAGUCAAAGUAUUCUCGUCCAGAAGUCACCAAAAGUAAAAAGUUAACAGACAGCGAUGGAUCUACUCCUAAGAUUAAUAGUAAUAGAAUACAACAGUGGCUAAAAUCAGACAGUACGUCUUUAUUCGCCAAUUCGACGGAUAUAGAUGAUAUUAUUUUUGCCGAGAUUGAUGAAAGUCCAAUUCGCGAUGACAAAGAAAUAUUCGUCGAUUGCGAAACAAACGAUAUUUCGUCAGCACAGUCCAAGCACGAUUUAAUAGUCCGAGAUCAAUUAAUUGAGGAUCGUGAAGUGACUACUGUGAUAUUACACAAAAGGCAUGGUGAUUUAGGUUUAGGACUUGUAGACGGGACUAAAUCCGUAUUUCGUAAAGAGGGAGUCUUUGUUGCAGAGGUUAAACCAGAGGGAAUUGCAUCAUCGGGUAAUCGUAUAAGCUCCGGUGAUAAAAUCAUAGCUGUUAACGGCAUCAGUUUAUCUGGCGUCGAGUAUUCGAGGAUAACUGGUAGUGUAAUUCUUAAAAUUGUAUAA